AUGCUUCCCUCCUCGCCAUCAUUCUUAUCCUCGUUUGAUCCUGCAAUUCAUCUCCACUCCGAGGGUCCUGACAACCCAAACCCGCCGUCCGAAUCAUUCUCCGACGAUCUCGAGGCAAUAUACUUGCACCGCUGCGACCAAACCCGCAAUCGAGUCGUGAUUCAACAUCGAGCGUGGGAUCUAUCUGAUGUGUUCCGCAGUGAAGACGAUAUAAGACCUGACACACCAACGAAGAACGUUACGACCCCAAGAUCAUUUUCUCGCACUCCUACUCAAAAUCUCUCUUUCAUGCCGUCGUCACCGCCCGUACCGAGAAUGCCGUUCAUAGCGUCCCCGGGCGCGCUUGCACCUACGUCUGGCAAUGCGACCAACGAUUCGCAGAAGAGAAAAGUCACAAAUGCGGAGGGAGACGUGGAGCCGACGGAGCCAAAACGCCAGCGCAUGGUUGGAGGCUUCGUGGAUGAUGACGAUGACGAAGAAGAAGACCUCUCUGCUUUCCGGGAAGAGCAGAUGAAGAAUCAAUAUGACCUACCCGAGCAUUUCUUCCAGGAGCCUCCGGCGGAACUCCCUAGUAUACUGGCACGGCUGCCGGAAUCUACGAACCUAAACGAGACGACCAAUGCUACAUCUAGCUCUUCCCAAACACCGUUCCAACUGACACCCCGGCCCGCUCCAACGGCCCCCAAGAGGUUCCAGAUCAAGACUUGUGCUGGGAAGACCCAUAAUGUCCCGCAAAGGAAGACCCAGGCGCCAGUCUCAUACCAGCAAAUGAUCGCCAGUCGGUCUGAGACAGAACCUGGAAAAGCGAAGAAGAGCUAUUACGGUAUCGACAUCCAUCAGUUGUUGGACGAUGCCGCCAACGACGAAAAGCCUAAGACCACAGUCCCUCAAAUCCCAGUCCAGCAAACCAUCGAAGCGACCAAUAAAUACCGUGCUCGUAAGUUUACCGAUCUCAUCGGAGAUGAACGCACCCAUCGAUCAGUCCUACGCUGGCUUAAGGGGUGGGAGUCAAUUGUGUUCCCUGGUCUAGCCAAGUCUCGAGCGAAAAAACCUACCCGGGAUGAUGAGGAAGAGUAUAUCCAUCGAAAGGUUCUUUUAUUGAGUGGCCCUCCUGGACUGGGAAAGACGACAUUAGCGCAUGUAUGUGCCAGACAGGCUGGCUUCGAAGUACUUGAAAUCAACGCAAGUGAUGACCGCAGCAGGGAUGUGGUCAAAGGCCGCAUUCGUGAUGCGCUGGGAACCGAGAACGUCAAAGGCAUGAACGUGGAGGUUGGUGAGAAAAAGGUCCGCCGUGCCGGUAAACCUGUAUGUGUCGUGGUGGACGAAGUCGAUGGUGUAACUGGUGGUUCUGGAAGUGGUGGUGAGGGCGGUUUCAUGAAGGCCCUCAUUGACCUUGUUUUGCUUGAUCAACGGAACGCGAAGUCGUCUUCGGAGGGUAACAAUGGCAAGAAGCGCAAGGGCGACAACUUCAGAUUCAUGCGGCCGUUGAUUUUGGUUUGCAAUGACCUCUAUCAUAGUAGUCUCCGACCUCUCAGAGCAUCGUCGAUUGCAGAGAUGAUCAGUGUCCGCCAAGCACCAUUGGAGAAUGUUGUUCAACGAGUCAAGGCUAUAUUUGGCCGCGAAGGCAUCCCCUGUGACAGUGAUGGGGCUCGAAGACUCUGCGAAGCAGCCUGGGGUAUGGCGAGCAAAAGGAAUCGCAAUGCCAAAACCCAAGGGUCUUCUGAGGGCGAUAUUCGUAGCGUGCUUGUUGCCGCAGAAUUUGUCGCGCACAAACUUCGAAAUGAGUCGUUGCCAUCCUCGCUCAGAUUGACGAGGAAUUGGCUGGAGAACCGAGUUCUCAAUGCGUCGGCUGAGGGUAGCGCGUUCUUCAAGGAGUUAAGUCGUGGGGGUGUUCGUGAGAUUGUGAACCGUGUGUUCACAGAGGGAGCUGGCUUCUCAGAUACUCCUGUUGGCAUGACUUUCCAAGAUCCCUUUGAUACCACGAACAGCCGUAUUCCCGUCGGCGUGGCAGACCUGCGCAAGCGACACGCCAUCAACCGAUUGAGGGAAAUGGUCGAUUCCAGCGGUGAUCAUGACCGCUGUGUAUCAGACUGCUUUGCUUCAUAUCCCAUCCAGCAGUAUCAGGAUGAUAAUUAUUUCUCCAAACCAAACGCCGCCCAUGACUGGCUUCAUUUCCAUGAUUCUAUCAGCUCUAAAGUCCACUCAUCUCAAGAAUGGGAACUGAUUCCAUACCUUAGUCAGUCGGUUGUUGCAUUCCACCAUCUGUUCGCUACGGCUACUGGCAGAACCACCGAGGAUGACAAGAACGAUGAUGAAGAAGAACUCGAAGAGCCCCAUCCUUUCUCAGGGCCCAAAGCCGACUUUGCUGCCUUCGAAGCACAAAAGCAGAACCGUGCGGCCAUGACUGCAUUCCACGCCUCCCUUUCGGCACCUAUGGCUCGCCUUUUCCGGUCAAAUGAAAGUAUUAUCAUAGAUCUGGUGCCUUACUUGAUUCGCAUGCUGUCACCAGAUGUCAAACCGGUCAUCAUCCGCGGAAACGGAGACCAGAGAAGCACCGCCACCGUCCGCAAAGAGACCGAACGUGCCCUCGUUCAGUCUACCGUGCGUGUCAUGACCGGAAUGGGUGUGACAUUUGAAAGAGUCCGAGUGGAACAUGAAGGAAGCCAUGGUGGAUGGGCAUACCGAAUGGAACCACCAAUCGACUCACUUGUGGUCUUCUCGAAGAUCAAAGGUAGUACCAUCGAAGCUUCGGGUGGCACGGCGCCGGUGCGGUAUGCCGUCCGCCAGGUGCUAGACCAAGAGUAUCGCAAGGCGACGACGCGCAAGCAGUCUGAUAUCAUAGGCGCAUCUGAACUCGGUACCAAGGGUGCCAGGAAUUCCGCAGAUACGGCCGCGGCCAAGAUCAUAAAGGAUGCGGCUGUCAAACGUGACUUCUUUGGUCGGCAGGUUGAGCAGCCUGCGCCACAACCUAAUGAUCCAAACAAUCCAGAUGCCUGGGCUGAUGAGUCGUCUAAGGCUGGACGGAAAGUCUGGGUUACUUUCCACGAAGGCUUCUCGAAUGCGGUCCGGAAACCGAUAUCGAUGGGAGAGUUGAUGGCUGGGUUUCUCUUCUUCUCAAUACUCGCGGCAUUCUUUUCGAAAUCAGAGUCCGAAGACUUCGAGCCGAGCGAGUACCAUUUGGGGCUCUUGAUUGAUGCGUCGCGUGUGUUGAGAGUUGUGGCAGUGGAGACGGUGGAGUGUGUCGAGGCUGCGCUCGAUGUGGUCUUUGAAGAGGAGUUGGAGGAGUUGGAGAACAUUUUGGAUAGUGUUUGGUGUUUUUUCGAGGGAUUUUGCGAGGAGGAUGUCGCUUUUUGA